UGCUCUGGCUGAACUCCCUAAGCGCUGCAAAUACGCCACCGCACUCAGCCAGCGCCCCGCGCAUGCGCAGUCGGCCUACCGAUGGCUCUCUUGCGACACGCGCACGUGGGUCGCCUCUCUCUCGAGGCCGGUUGCAUCACCCGGCUUCGGGGUCCUUCCGGAGCCUGCCCCGUCGCUCGCCUGCGCCACUGCCGCGCUCCCCUGGUGCCCUUACCGGAGCAGCGAAGAGCAGAGCGGGGCGAGGCUGGGCCGGGUGUUUCCCGCAUAGUCCGCGACGCCGGACUCGGAGCGGGCAGCGCCCUCCCAGCCCAUAGAGCGCCGGGCUCAGGCGGCCGCGUAGGGCUCCUCACUUCCUCUUGGGCAAGAUGGCGGGGGACGAGGCGGGAGUGACUCUGGGGCAGCCGCACCUCUCCCGGCAGGACCUGGCCACCCUGAAUGUUACCAAGCUGACGCCUCUCUCACCAGAAGUCAUCAGCCGUCAAGCUACAAUUAAUAUAGGCACAAUUGGUCAUGUGGCCCAUGGAAAGUCAACAGUAGUAAAAGCUAUUUCUGGAGUUCACACUGUUAGAUUCAAAAAUGAACUGGAAAGAAAUAUCACUAUCAAGCUGGGUUAUGCCAAUGCUAAGAUUUACAAACUUGAUGACCCCAGUUGCUCCCGACCAGAGUGUUACCGGUCCUGUGGAAGUAGUACACCAGAUGAGUUCCCUACAGAUAUUCCUGGGACCAAAGGAAAUUUUAAACUAAUCAGGCAUGUCUCUUUUGUCGAUUGUCCGGGCCACGAUAUCUUAAUGGCUACUAUGCUGAACGGUGCGGCAGUUAUGGAUGCAGCGCUGCUUUUGAUAGCUGGUAAUGAGUCAUGCCCUCAGCCCCAGACCUCUGAACAUCUAGCUGCUAUAGAAAUCAUGAAAUUGAAACACAUUCUAAUUCUACAGAAUAAGAUUGACUUGGUAAAGGAGAGCCAGGCUAAAGAACAAUAUGAACAGAUUCUUGCAUUUGUACAAGGUACUGUUGCAGAAGGAGCUCCUAUUAUUCCAAUCUCAGCACAACUGAAAUACAACAUUGAGGUGGUUUGUGAGUAUAUAGUAAAGAAAAUUCCAGUCCCAUUGCGAGACUUCACAUCAGAACCAAGACUUAUUGUAAUUAGAUCUUUUGAUGUCAACAAGCCUGGAUGUGAAGUAGAUGACCUUAAGGGUGGUGUAGCUGGCGGUAGUAUUCUAAAAGGUGUAUUAAAGGUAGGCCAGGAACUUGAAGUCAGACCUGGUAUUGUAUCCAAGGACAGUGAAGGAAAACUCAUGUGCAAGCCAAUUUUUUCCAAAAUUGUAUCACUUUUUGCAGAACACAAUGAUCUACAGUAUGCUGCUCCUGGAGGCCUAAUCGGUGUUGGCACUAAAAUUGACCCAACUUUAUGUCGAGCUGACCGAAUGGUGGGGCAGGUUCUUGGUGCAGUUGGAGCACUCCCUGAAAUAUUCACAGAGCUGGAAAUUUCCUAUUUCCUGCUUAGGCGACUGCUAGGUGUGCGCACUGAGGGAGACAAGAAAGCUGCAAAGGUGCAAAAACUAUCUAAGAAUGAAGUUUUAAUGGUAAAUAUAGGAUCCUUGUCUACUGGAGGAAGAGUUAGCGCAGUGAAGGCUGAUUUGGGCAAGAUAGUGCUAACUAACCCUGUGUGCACAGAAGUAGGAGAAAAAAUUGCCCUUAGUCGAAGAGUUGAGAAACACUGGCGUUUAAUCGGCUGGGGUCAAAUAAGAAGAGGAGUGACAAUCAAGCCAACAGUUGAUGAUGAUUGAGAAGUAAAAACGAGUGUCAUUUUGAGAGAUGGAAUGCCUAUUUCCGUAUACUUGGGGGUACAUUUUUGGAGUGAAAUUUGUUACACAACUCCCAUUGCUCCAGACAUUUUACUGGAAAUUUACCCUCUUACUGAAAUACUAGUCAGUAUCUCCAAUGAAAGGGUAAAAAAUUGUCAUAGAGGUGGAUCUAAUCCACAUUUUAGCAGAAACUAAUUGUAUGUGUUUCAUGCCAUAUCUAAUUUAUGUUAAUUUGUGUUUGAGAAGAUCUGUUUAAUAUCACUCAAGCCACCCCCAAUGUAAAACACAAACCAUAAAAUCUGUUUUGAAAUAAAAUAUUGCUUCUUAUUUUU